AUGGACGACGGAGGAGACGCCCACCGCAACUCGACGGCCUUCGAGCACUCCCCCACCGCUCUGGGCCCUCUCGCCGACUUCGCGCGGACGCCUCUGUACCCCCCUCCUCCACCACCUCCUCCUGCUGGGCCGCCGCGUCGGCCCUCGUCGCCUCGUCCGCACCGUCCCUCAUACGAGCCUCUGCUGGCCACGGGGACAUGCACCUGCGGCGCCGGUCCGUCCACCAUCCGUGCUCCCGAGCAGCAGGCUGCUCCCGCGGAUGAUAGUGAUGAUGCCGCUGUCGACACGACGACGCAUAGAACGCACCUGAUCCCAUGGUCCGCCCUCGACGACAUCGACGACGACAUCGACGACGACGACCGCGAUGCCUCCCCGACGACGGCCACGCGCGCCUUCAGCUGCAACCCCUUCACGGGCGAAGAGCCCGACUACGACUCCAUCACCCGCCCCGCGCGCCUGAUUGCCAUCACCACAACCAUCGCCGAAGUCCUCAUGGAUGACGAUGAUAGUGACGACAGCGACGACGACGACGACAAGGAGACGCCUCCGUCCCCGACGUCGGCCUACUCCGACGACCUCUUCGGCGCCGAGCACGACACCGACUUCGAGCCGCACUACCCGGAGACGACGCGGCGCCCCACGGCGCUCGACCAAGCCCAGGCCGAAGUCAACCGCAUGCUGCGUUCGCAGCAGCAGCGCCGCCGCCCCAUGACCGACAUCAGCCACGCGGCUGUCAUGGACCCCGUUACCAAUCCGAGGUCGAUGAGGUCGGCGUCUGCUGUUGUUCGUGCAGGCAACCACCACGGUCAUGAUGAUGGCGACUUUGAGCCGCACUACCCGGAGACGACGCGGCGUCCGACGCCGCUGGACCAGGCGCAUGCCGAGGUCGACCGCAUGCUGCGCGCGCAGCAGCAGCAGCAGGAGUCGGCCGCCGGACCGUCGACGACGACGACUCCCACGCUUAGCAGAGGCUCGAUGCAUGUGCAGCCGCUGCGUGUCACGUCGCCGCCGCCGAGGCCGGCUCGUGCUGGCACGGAGCAGCUGCAAUCGGGCUGGUCGUCGACGACCGACGACUGCCACGACGACGAGGGCAGCGCCGAUGAUGACGCCGUCCAGGUUGGCGUGGCGCUCGUUCUGGACAUCGGCGCGUUGGGCACCCUCAUGCCCUUCCCCGACCCGAUCCGGAUCACCACCACCACUGCCACACAGGUGAGAACUGCCCCUUACAGUGACCCUCUCUCGCCCCUUUCCCCCACCCUCCCUCCCAUCCUCCAGCCCCCGCACCCCACUUCCGCCCCCGGCGCCGGCGCCGGCCCGCAGCCCAUGUGGAUCCAAGCCCUGACCGCGCACAACCUGCUCCCGACCCUGCCCUCGCACCCGGCGUCUGUCAUCCGCAGUUUCCUGACCGCCAUGCGCGGCGUCGACCUCGAGCGCAAGCACCUGGUCAACCGGAUCGAGGUCGGCCGCACCAGCCUGACGAGGCGCCACAGCGUGGCCCAAGAGUGGCUGCGGUGCCGCAUGAUGGAGCUUAUCAAUCGGCUGUAUGAGCAUGACAGCUACCAUUGGCCGAUGCUGGAGGUUCUCGAGUACGGCGAUGCUGACAGUGGGGAUGAUGACGACGACGAGGACAUGGUCCAGCACGAGCGGUGCCGGAUGGAUAGCGUGAGCGAUUGGAACCCCGACUUUGAUUGGGACGAGCCGUUCGCUCCCAGCUGGUACCGUCGCGGAAGCGACAGCGGCGACAGUGAUGACGCCCUGCUUUCUCCGAAGACGCAUCCCGUUGCCGGAUGGAACAGCGGUUUCAGCUGGUCUCAGCCUGCGGCUGCCAGCCGCGGUAGUAGCAGUAGCUCAUGUUCUCCUACUGAUGAUGAGGCUCUGGUUUCGCCGAAGACAACGGCGGAUUUCGAGAACAUUCCUUGGUCGAACAUGACGGGGACGUUUGAGAAUUUCCCCUGGUAA